AUGGUCACCUUCGAAAAUUCUAGAACUGGGCAGGGUGGGCUUGGAAUAGGGACAAGAAACGGAAGCGAAGGGAGGAGCGUGCACCCCUCCCAGCCUUGGUGCGCGCCGCGCCCCCUACCCUCUGGGUACCCGGGGAGGGGACGCGCGUACCGGACGAACCCAGAUGGCCGCGCUGGCGCCAAUGGCCCUGGGGCUCUCCUCGGACUGGGCUUCUACCCGGCCACCCGGAGUUGGGGCGCGGUUGUCUACGUGCUCUUUCUCGGCACCUUCUGCACAGUCCCUGCCAGCGCCAUCCAGGUGACUGUGUCAGACCCCUACAACGUGGUGAUCCUCCAGCCUGUGAACCUACCCUGCACCUACCAGUUGACCACGACCCCACGGCACCCAUCGAUCUGGAAGUACAAAUCUUUCUGCCGGGACCGCAUCGCUGACACCUUUUCCCCAGCCAGUGUCGAGAAUCAGCUCAAUGCCCAGCUGGCGGCUGAACCAGGCUACAACCCCUACGUGGAGUGCCAGGACAGCGUGCGCACUGUCAGGGUUGUGGCCACCAAGCAAGGCAAUGCCGUUACGCUGGGAGACUACUACCAGGGCCGGAGGAUCACCAUAACAGGAAAUGCUGACCUGACCUUUGACCAGACAGCUUGGGGGGACAGUGGUGUGUAUUACUGCUCCGUGGUCUCAGCACAGGACCUCCAGGGGAACAACGAGGCCUACGCAGAGCUCAUCGUCUUGGGCAGGACCUCGGGGGUGGCUGAGCUCUUACCUGGUUUUCAGGCGGGGCCCAUGGAAGACUGGCUGUUCGUGGUUGUUGUCUGCCUGGCUGUCUUCCUCGUCUUCCUCCUGCUGGGCAUCUGCUGGUGUCAGUGCUGCCCCACCUGCUGCUGUUACGUCAGGUGCCCCUGCUGCCCAGAGAAGUGCUGCUGCCCAGAGGCUCGGAAGUUGUAUGCUGCCGGCAAAGCAGCCACCUCAGGCGUCCCAAGCAUCUACGCCCCCAGCACCUAUGCUUACCUGUCCCCUGCCAAGACCCCACCCCCAGCAGCCAUGAUUCCCAUGGGCCCUGUCUACAAUGGUUACUCUGGAGACUUCGACAGGAAUAGCUCAGUAGGUGGCCACAGCUCCCAGGUACCGCUGCUACGUGACACAGAUAGCAGUGUGACCUCUGAAGUCCGUAGUGGCUACAGGAUUCAGGCCAGCCAGCAGGAUGACUCCAUGCGGGUCCUGUACUACAUGGAGAAAGAGCUGGCUAACUUUGACCCUUCUCGGCCGGGCCCCCCCAAUGGCCGUCUUGAACGGGCCAUGAGUGAAGUCACCUCCCUCCAUGAGGACGACUGGAGAUCCCGGCCUUCCCGGGGCCCUGCCCUCACCCCUAUCCGGGAUGAGGAAUGGGGUCACCACUCCCCACCAAGUCCUAAGAGGUGGGAGCAAGAGCCCCUCACCGAGCGAUCCAGGAGUGGCUGGGGGGCUGGGCGGCCCCGGGCCCGCUCUGUGGAUGCCUUGGAUGACCUCACGCGGCCUGGCUCUGUUGAAUCGGGGAGGUCCCCCCCAAGUAGUGGGAGGAGAGGUCGAGCUUAUGCACCCCCACGGAGCCGCAGCCGUGAUGACCUCUACGAUCAAGACGAUCCAAGGGGCUUUCCACACUCCCAGGAUCCCCACUACGAUGACUUCAGGUCUAGAGACCGCCCUCAUGCUGACCCUAGGUCCCGCCACCACCGCUCCCGGGACCCUCGGGACGAUGGUUCCAGGUCCAGGGACCCCCAAUAUGAUGGGCAACUUCUGGAAGAGGCCUUGAGGAAAAAGGUGCCAGCAGAGAGGAGACCUUACAGGGAGGAAGAGGAGGUCUACUACCCUCCAGCACCUCCCCCUUAUUCUGAGACAGAGUCCCAGGCCUCACGGGAGCGGAGGCUUAAGAAGAACUUGGCCCUGAGUCGGGAAAGUUUAGUCGUCUGACCUAACAUUUUGUAUGUAGUUUUUGUACUUUUUUUAAUUUGAGGGACUACUGAUGAUCUUUUCCUUUCUAAGUCUAAUAAAAUACGUGAUCACAAAGC